GGAAUCCACAAGCGAAUUGGAAAACGAGAUAUGAGCGAUUGUUCCAGCUCUACAGGCAGGCUCCUGUAGGAGGAGCUGUGGGGAUGGCACACCUGCUGGGCAGCCAGGCCUGCAUUGACAGCCUACGCAAGGACCUCACCGACCUGCAGGGUGCCAUUGUGGAUGUAUUCUCCCGAGCUGGGCCUGUGCGCUUCCCUUCCUGGAAAUUCCCCGACCGUGUGGCCUGUGAUCUCGAUAUGGUAGCCUUGCUGGAGCACUAUGACCACGUGCCGAGUGACCCCGAGUUCACACAGCUGUCCCACGCGGUGCUGCUGGAGCUGGUCAUUGACAGGCUCCUCCUGUUGCUUCAGAGCUGUGCCAGCUACCUGGAAAGCCUCAGCUUGGAGCAGACGAUUCCCCCUGCGCGGGCUGUAGGACCGUGUAUGUCAGUGGGGCUCACAGUGCGGCGCUUCUGGAAUAGCCUGCUGAGACUGGGCAUGCUCUACCAACAGGUGGCCCCCCAGAAAAAAACAAACCCAAAAGACCCCCCUGUGACCACGCCCACAGCCAAGCCCACAGCCAAGGGCGAGCCAACCAGGAGUCCUGAGUCUUUGACUGCCAAGUUCAUCAAGCCUCCCUCCCAAGUGCCAGGCUUGCCCCAGAACCUCCCUGGCAAAGUCUCCCUGAAAUGUCCUUCCAGGACCCAGAGCACCAAGAGUGUCCACUCCCAGACCAUUGAGACAGCCCUCGUGCCCUGUGAUGCGUGUACCAGCGUUCAGGGCAGCCUUCAGGAGGUAGGCAAGGUGCUCAUCAGCCUGUGUCAGAGCCAGAACUUGCCCUCAUCCUUGGGCCAUUUUCAGCAGCUGGUGGAGGACAGUAUGGGGCUCAGGCCACUGCCAGCUGCCACCAUGGGCCACUGGGCUGCAGAACAGAGCAAAGACCUGACACGCCUCAAUAAGCAUGUGGGGACCCUGACACAGCUUAUUGGGCCCCUCAGAGCCCAGCUGGAAGAGGCCGAGGGGCAGAAGGAUGAACUAAGGAAACAGAUGAGCAAGCUGGAGCAGGCCUUGGAACAGGAGCAGAGCAAGCGGCAGCAGCAGGCAGAGGAGGCAGAGCAGUGCCUGGCCCAGUGGGAGUGCAGCCGGCAGCAGUUUCUUUCAGAAACAAAUGACCUAAAGAUGAAGGUGGUGGCCCUGGAGGUAGAGCUGAAGCAGAAGCAGGAGUCGAUGAAGGCUGUAGAGGAAAAGGCCCAGCAGCUGCAGGAGGAAGGUGAGCGCAGGGUGGCCGCCGAGAGGCAGGUGCAGCAGCUGGAGGAGCAGGUGCAGCUGCUGGCUGGGCGGCUGGAUGGGGCCAGCCAGCAAAUCUGCUGGGCCAGCACAGAGCUGGACAAGGAGAAAGCCCGUGUCGACAGCAUGGUCCGCCACCAGGAGUCCUUGCAGGCCAAACAGCACGCCCUGCUGCAGCAGCUGGACAGCCUGGACCAGGAGCGGGAGGAGCUGCGGGGCAGUCUGGAUGAUGCUGAGAUCCAGCAGGCCCAGAUGGAGGAGCAGCUGCAGAACCUGCAGAGCGAGCGGGAACAGGACCAGUGCCAGCUCCGAGCCCAGCAGGAGCUGCUGAAGAGCCUGCAGUGGGAGAAGCAGGACCUGGAGCAGGUGACCACAGACCUGCAACUGAAUCUCUCCGAGUUGCAGCGGGAGCUGGAGGCCCUGAAGGAGCGGGAGCGGCUGCUGGUGACCUUUCCUGAUUUGCACAAGCCCGUGGGGGACCAGAUCCAAAGUUCUGGCAAUGUCACAGAAGAUAUGGAGAGGCAAGUGCAAGCCAAUAGCAUCCGCAUCCAGGUCCUGCAGGAGGAGAACGAGCGGCUCCAGUCAAUGCUGUCCAAAAUCCAUGAAGUGGCCCAGCAGGGGGCGCUCAAGCUGGUCCCACAGGACAAACUCUGGUCGCCUCCUAGCAAGGACGCUCAGGGAGCGGCUCCUCCAACCCAGUCCCAGAACAUAUCCCCGAGGUCGUUGGGCAGGAGGCAGUCUCCUGGCACCAGGGCAGGCAGCACAGGCAGGACCCCGCCAGGCCAACCCCAAGCAUUCUCACCUCGGCAGCCCUGCGGCUGGCCCAGCAAGUCCUCCCUGGAGGGCGUCACCCACUCGGGCGUCUGUGCCCAGAACCCCAUUCGGGCCUUGGCCAGGCUCAGGAGGAGACUCUCACCGAGCAGGGACCAGGCCAACUCUGCACACCAGCCCCAGGAGCGGCCCCAGUAA